AUGUGGCGAAAAACAAAACAAAGCGACCCCGAGGAGAUGGAGCUUCAAGCUAGACAUCGCAACGAGGACGAGAAAGAUGAAACUGUGAUCACGGUCACCGGUCUUGAUGACGGUCAUGAAAAUUUUCUCUCCAAGGAAGAGAAGCUGAUUCUAUUGGCGCUCGCAUCUCUAAGUUUGAUGGCCGCAUUAGAUGGAACAUCGAUAUCAGUGGCCCUACCGACAAUGUCUCGAGAGCUAGGUGGCUCUGCAACAGAAGCGUUCUGGACAGGAACAUCGUUCACACUUUGCUCUGCAGUCUUUCAGCCAUUGUUUUCGUCAUUCUCAGACUUAUUUGGACGUAAGCCAUUGAUCUUGGUCGCGAUCCUGUGGUUUUUGAUCGGGGCCAUCGUGGCUGGAGUUGCGAAUGACUACACUCAUAUGCUCAUCGGCCGAUCUCUACAAGGUGUAGGGGGAGGUGGCAUCAUCACGCUUACUAGUAUAGUAAUCGCUGAUAUAGUGCCACUUGCCAAUCGAGCUAAAUAUUUCGGUAUGCUCAGCGCUAUAUGGAGUCUGGGUACAGUCACUGGACCUGUGAUUGGAGGAUGUUUCGCUGAAAAGUCUACGUGGCGCUGGAUAUUUUAUCUCAACUUUCCUUUGAUUGCCAUUGGUACGGCCCUAGUGGCGUGGUCUUCGAAGUUCCAGUCCAACAAAAUCUCUUGCCGCGAUCAGAUACGCAAGAUCGACUUUUGGGGAAUUUUACUCUUUAUUCCGAGCACUACAUCCUUCCUCGUUCCUCUGACCUGGGGAGGAGUUCUUUACAGCUGGAACUCGUGGCACACAGUCGCUCCUUUGGUAAUCGGCGCCGUCGGGUUAUGCCUGUUUGCAGUUUACGAGUCCCGAUUUGCCAAAAACCCAAUGAUUCCACCGGCGAUAUUUCAAAACAGAACAUCCUUGAUCGCCUUCGCCGGAUACCUUGUGGUCGGUCUUGUCGUUUGGUGCAUUCUGUACUUCCUGCCGAUUUACUACGAAGCAGUCAAAGGUUUCAAGCCCAUCAUGUCUGGAGUUGCUCUAUUCCCGGAGACCUUCACUCUGGCCCCAAGUGCGGUUGUGGUAGGCUUGUUUAUAAGCAGACUUGGCAACUACUACUGGGCCAUUUGCAUUGGAUGGGGCAUCUCCACCCUCGGGACCGGUCUGAUGUACCUCCUCGACGCGGAGGCCUCCACUGCCAAAUGGAUAUGUGUGAAUCUGAUCCCUGGAGUCGGGGUCGGAAUGGUACUUCCAUCUGUUCCACUAGCAGUCCAAGCUGCGGCAACACCAGAAAACCUGGCUAUUGCAGUUGCCAUGUCGACUUUCUUCAGAGGAUUCGGCCAGUCGAUCGGAGUGGCCAUUGGUGGUGUCAUCUUCCAGAAUCGCAUGAAGAGUAAUCUCUUGACGUAUCCGGAUUUGCGAUCUAGUGCGGAAAAGUACAGCGGCGAGGCAGCAAGUGCCGUGCAGAUGAUCCAAGCCAUGGUAGAUGUCCCAACGAAGGAUCAUCUGAGAGAAGCUUAUGCUGAUAGCUUGAAAGUUGUAUGGGCUUUCUGCUGUGGUAUUUGUGGGUUGAUUUUCAUGACCAGCUUUUUCAUCAAGUCCUACAGCCUCAACCGAGUCAUGACUACCCAAAAGGGAGUCGGAGAAAGCGGGCGCUAG